GAAGGCUGAUUACACUAUGGCGAUGGAAUCGAUCUGCCUCGUGGAGCUAUCCCCUGAUUCCAGCACCCUGCGGGUGAACCCAGCUGCCUUGUCCUUCCUGGAGGCUCUGGAUGGUCCCCUCCAGGUGGUGGCCAUCUUCGGGCCCAGGGGGACUGGGAAAUCCUUCCUCCUGGACCAGCUGGUGGGGCAAGAUGGAGGCUCCCCCCAUUCUCCAGGAAUAUGGCUGCGGUGUUCACUCCACCCAACAAGACCAGAUGAAACCCUGCUGUUGCUGGAUAUGGAAGGUCUCCCCGAGAAAAUGGAGGAGGAUGAGAGGUCCAUCUCCUUCAAACUGUUCCUUUUGGAUGUACUGCUGUGCAAUAUCUUUAUAUACAACACCAAAGGUGCUUGGGAUCCCCAAGAAGAGCUUGAUAAACUGAUAUAUGUGAAGAUGAUCCCAGACAGGCUACGGGUUCUGGAGGAUUGUCCUCUGGAGAACAGCUUCCUGCUUAGUAGCAUGCUGCCCGACUUUGUGUGGUGCCUUCGUGAUGUGGCCUCUGACUCCUUUUGGGAGGAGGCGCUAGAAGCCAUGGAUCAUAACCUGGAUGUUCUCCUCUCCUCUCCGCCAGCUUCGGCCGUGGAGAACACACCAACCAGCUGUAUCCAGACCCUGUUCCCCUCUCAGAAAGCGUUUUGCUUCUGCUCCCCACAUGCGGAUGGAAAGGACGGGGAGGUUGUCUCUUCAGACUUUCCGCGUCCCAUGUUCCAGGCUCAGCUUUGGUCGUUUAAAGAUUACAUCCUGAAUCAGAGGCCCAAGAACUCACCCGGAAGUAAAUUUGCCAAUGGGAAGGAGUGGUCUGCCAUGCUGGAACGAUUUGUAGAUGUGUUGUCUUUGGACGAACCCAUCUUUUUGAACGAGAGCUGUGGUGGCCAAGAAGCAGCAUUCUCUUGGAAACAUUACGAGAGUUUUAAUGGCCCUGUGAUAGAUCCUCCCUGGGAAGCUCCAGAGAGGAAAGAGAUGCCCAGAAUUCCCCAGCUGCCAGCACAAGAGCCUAGGGAAUAUUGCGACAAUUUUAAUGGGCCCAUGAUUGAGCCUGUGAUAGAUCCUCCCUGGACAACCCCAAAGAGGAAAAAGACUCCCAGCGUCCCCCAGCCAUCAGUGCAAGUACCCAGGGUUCCUCCGCCAUCCUCCUCCAGGGCUGCUCCUAGAAUGGUUCAACCAAACAACAUGGAGGAACCAAUGUGUUUGAUAGAGAACAACCCGGGUGAGAAACUGCAGGUCAACCAGGAAGCCCUACAGCUCUUGCAGAGAAUCAACCAGCCAGUGGUAGUGGUGGCCAUUGUGGGGCUGUACCGCACUGGCAAGUCUUACCUCAUGAACAAGUUGGCAGGAAAAGAUAAAGGAGGAUUUUCUCUGGGUGCCACAGUACAAGCAAACACCAAGGGCAUCUGGAUGUGGUGUCGUCCUCACCCCAGAAAGCCUGACCAUACCCUGGUGCUAUUGGACACGGAAGGACUGGGCGAUGUGGAGAAGAGCAAUGUUCAGAACGACUCGUGGGUGUUUGCCCUCUCCGUUCUGCUUAGCAGCACCUUUGUGUAUAACAGCAUGGGCACCAUUGACCAGUUUGCUUUGGAGAAACUACACUACGUGACGGAACUGACUGAGCUUAUCAAGGUUAAGGCCUCGGGCAGGCAGAGCUGUGAGGAAGACGACGAGAUUCCUGAUGACUUCAUCUGGUUCUUCCCAACUUUUAUCUGGGCUGUGCGUGAUUUCACCCUGCAGCUGGAGUUGGAUGGACGCCCCAUCUCCGGGGAUGAGUACCUGGAGAACGCCUUGCGGAGGAGGGAAGGCUCCCCUGAAAAGCUAGACGUUGCCAAGAAGUACAUCCGCGAGUACUUCCCCAGCCGCAAGUGCUUUGUCUUUGACCGCCCGGCCACACGCCAAGAAUUGGUGCACCUGGAAGAUUUGCCUGAGAGGAAGCUAAACCCCGACUUCAUAGAAGAGGCACACCGAUUCCGGAGCUAUAUUUUUGAGACGGCUGAGGCCAAAGUGAUCCCGGGGGGCCACACAGUGACGGGGACAUGUUUUAUUCAGAUUCUCUGGAUCAUGCACAGCACAUACCAGCACAUUGCGCUUUUGUGCCCCAUGCGUGCGGAGAGUAACCAGAUCCAAACCAAGCUCGAGGAAAUCUGCAGCCAUAAUGAGCAGGCGUCCUUGGAUCGCUGCCAGGCCGUGCUCUUGGAGCUGUUCCAGGAUCUGGAGGAGAAGAUCUGUAACGGACGCUACGCAGUACCAGGUGGCUACCAAUGUUUUCUGGAGGACCAGAGGAAAACAGUGGAGAGGUAUCACCAGACACCUCAGAAAGGACUAAUGGCUUCGAUAGCCCUGCAGGACUUCCUGAAAUCCAAGGAGACAGCAGCCCAGUCCAUUCUGCAGGCUGACCGGAAUCUCACAGACCGGCAGAAGGAGAUUGAAGCGGAAAAGGCCCGGGCUGCGGCCUCUCAGCGGGAAGCUGAGCUACAGCGACAGCUGAGAGAACAGACCCAGAGGAUGGCUGAAGAAAACGAACGGAGUUUCAGGGCGCACAAAGCACAGCUCGAGGCCAAGAUGGAGGAGGACCAUAGGAGGCAGCAGAGGGAACAUGAGAGGGUGCUGAACCACAAGCUCCAGGAGCAGAGCCGGCUGUUGCAAGAAGGAUACCAGCGGGAAGUGGGAAGACUUCAGUCUGAGAUUGCAAAUCUGAAUAACCGGAUCAGUAAUUCAGGAAGGAGUAAGAGAAAAUGUGUUAUCUCUUGAGAACGGUGUCUCUCCAGGACCCAGAGGACUCUUCUCCUGGCAUUGAGGUUGUGGAUGGAGCGUGGAUGGGACAGAAGAAAGGCAGGACGGGAGAUCUCCUUUGGACUGCAUUCCCGGAUUUCAUCAGUGUUUUAUCAUUAUUCUGAGUGUUUGUGUGACAAAAAAGCUGCAUAAUCAGCUUUCGAAAUAAAUAAGUUAAAAAUAUUGCUUUUAAGAAAACCAAUAUAGUAUUUAGGAAAUCUUUGCCUUGUGUGAGCAUCUGCUGAGAACAGAAAAAUAAUUCACAAGUGCGCCUGCAGAAGGAACCACUGAAGUUCUUGCUAG